CCCGUCCUCCCCUCCCGCCGCCGGCGGCCGCUGUCAGGAUGAGGCGGAGGAGGCGGCGGCCCGGCCCGGCCGCUCCCGUCUCUCUGCCCGUGGCGUAGCGGUCCCCGCCCGGAGGAGGCCGCGGCGGUGCCGCCCGCCGAGCCAUGGCCCAGGCGGGCCCCAGCGCCCAGAGCGAAGAUGCUCUUCUACAACGGGUAGCAGAAUUGGAAAAGGUCAAUGCAGAAUUUCUGCGCACAAAGCAGCAACUUGAGCAAGAAUUUAAUCAAAAGAGAGCAAAAUUUAAGGAGUUAUACCUGGCUAAGGAAGAGGACCUGAAAAGACAGAAUGCAGUGCUGCAGGCAGCCCAGGAUGACCUGGGCCAGCUGCGGACCCAGCUGAUGGAGGCCCACGCUGAAAUGGAGAACAUCAAGGCCAUAGCCACAGUGUCAGAGACCACCAAGCAGGAGGCCAUCGAUGAGGUCAAGAGGCAGUGGCAAGAAGAAGUGGCUUCCCUCCAGGCCAUCAUGAAAGAGACUGUUCGUGACUAUGAGCUGCAGUAUCACCACAGGAUGGAGCAAGAGCGAGCUCAGUGGAGCCAGUACCGAGAGAACAUGGAGCGGGAAAUUGCGGAGUUAAGGAGGCGACUCUCUGAAGGCCAGGAGGAAGAAAACCUAGAAAAUGAAAUGAAAAAGGCUCAGGAAGAUGCCGAGAAGCUGCGCUCAGUUGUGAUGCCCAUGGAGAAAGAGAUUGCAGCCCUAAAGGAGAAACUGGCAGAAGCUGAAGAAAAAAUAAAAGCAGCAUCAGAGGUUAAAGAACUGAACCAUUAUUUAGAAGCUGAGAAGUCAUGUAGGACAGACUUGGAGAUGUACGUGGCUGUUCUCAACACACAAAAAUCAGUCCUGCAAGAAGAUGCAGAGAAGUUGAGGAAGGAGCUGCAUGAAGUUUGCCAUCUCCUAGAGCAAGAGAGGCAGCAGCACAACCAGCUGAAACACACGUGGCAGAAAGCCAAUGACCAGUUCCUGGAGUCCCAGAGGCUGCUGAUGAGGGACAUGCAGAGGAUGGAAAUUGUGCUCACCUCAGAGCAGCUCCGGCAGGUGGAAGAGCUGAAAAAAAAGGAUCAGGAAGAAGAUGAUCAGCAAAGGCUCAGCAAGAGAAAGGAAGAGAAGCAGAAAGAUUCAGAUGAUGAAACAAAGGCUUCAUGUUCUCUGGCCCCUGAAGAAACCCUUACCCAGCUCUCUAAUGAAGAGGUGCAUGUGAAUAGCACCCAUGGCUCAGUCCAUUCCCUGGAUGCAGACUUGCUUCUUUCCUCUGGCGAAUCCUUCAAUAAACCAGACACUGAUAUGUUUAAAGAUGGACUUAGGAGAGCACAGUCAACAGACAGUCUGGGCACAUCUGGAUCCUUACAGUCCAAAGCUUUAGGGUACAACAACAAAGCAAAAUCUGCUGGGAACCUGGAUGAGUCAGAUUUUGGACCACUUGUUGGAGCAGAUUCAGUGUCUGAGAACUUUGAUACGGCUUCCCUUGGAUCCCUGCAAAUGCCGAGCGGGUUCAUGUUGACCAAAGAUCAGGAAAAAGCAAUCAAAGCAAUGACACCAGAGCAAGAAGAGACUGCUUCCCUGCUCUCCAGUGUCACCCAGGGUGUGGAAAGUGCUUAUGUGUCCCCCAGCGGGUACCGCCUGGUCAGUGAGACAGAGUGGAACCUGCUGCAGAAGGAGGUGCAGAAUGCAGGGAACAAGCUGGGCAGGCGCUGUGACAUGUGCUCCAAUUAUGAGAAGCAGUUGCAAGGGAUCCAGAUCCAGGAGGCUGAGACCAGAGACCAGGUGAAAAAGCUGCAGGUGAUGCUGAGGCAAGCUAAUGACCAGCUGGAAAAGACAAUGAAAGAUAAACAGGAAUUGGAGGAUUACAUGAAACAAAGUGCUGAAGACUCCUCUAAUCAGAUCUCCUUGCUCAUGGCCAAAUGUCAGAAGUCAGAGAAUUUCCUCAGUGAGCUGCAGCAGGCAUUUCUGCAAGCCAAGAGAAGUGUCCAGGAGCAAAUGGCUGUCCUGACACAGUCAAGGGAGCAGGUUUCAGAAGAGUUGGUGAGACUGCAAAAAGAUAAUGAAAGUCUUCAAGGAAAACACAGCUUGCAUGUGUCCUUACAGCAGGCAGAAGAUUUCAUUCUACCAGAAGCAGCAGAGGAGCUGCGGGAGCUGAUCCUCAAGUACCGGGAGGACAUCAUCAGUGUGAGGACAGCAGCAGAUCACCUCGAGGAGAAGCUGAAGGCAGAGAUCCUGUUCUUGAAAGAACAGAUCCAAGCUGAACAAUAUUUGAAAGAAAACAUAGAAGAAACUCUACAGCUGGAAAUAGAGAAUUGCAAAGAGGAAAUAGCUUCCAUUUCCAGUUUAAAAGCUGAACUGGAAAGAAUAAAAGCAGAAAAGGAGCAGUUGGAAAGUUCUUCACAGGAAAACCUGCAGCAGCUGGAGAGUCUGCAGGAGGCAAAGAGUGCUCUAGAAGAACAGCUGAAGAAGGAGACUGCAGCAAAGGCCAACCUUGAGCAGCUGGUGUUUGAAGAGAAGAACAAAGCCCAGCGGUUGCAGACUGAAUUAGAUGUCAGUGAGCAAGUGCAGAGAGACUUUGUAAAGCUUUCUCAGACACUUCAGGUGCAGCUGGAGAGGAUCCGGCAGGCAGAUUCCCUGGAGAGGAUCCGUGCAAUCCUGAACGACACAAAACUGACGGACAUUAAUCAGCUCCCUGAAACAUGACACCCUCAUGGGCUCCGAGGCUGCGGCUGGGGUUUUUAACUCAUCUUUAUAGCAACAUUAAUUAUUAUUUAACUCUAACCGAGAGAGCAGAAGACAACAGAGGGGAGCGAUGACUUAAGUUUUGUUUCUAGAGGGGAAAAAGGUUUCGUACUGGGCAGGAAGAGAGCACAAGGGUGACUUGUAGUGUAGGAAGGAGAACUUUCUAAUGGAAACACUAAUGAGUGCAGUGUUUCGUGUUCCACUGAGUGGGAUCAGUCCUUACAUUCUGAAAAACUUCCCUCUUUCAGCCGACUUCGUAACCUAAUAUAGAGUUUUGGAACAUAUACCCCUGUCUUUCCCUCUGUUCUUUCCCCCACUACUGUGAUCAAAGUAGCUGCUGGAAACUAUUGUCCCUCCAAAACGUUGAAGAGCAAAGUGGUUGAAGUUUUUCUGUUUGAAUAGUCAGUAACAGUAUUCAGCUAGCAGAGAGAAUGAGGUGUAGAGUAUGCUGUAUGAAUAUUUUAUAUUAAAAUAUGACUUUAUUAGCAGGACACUGGAUAUUGAUCUUAUUUCAUAACUCAGUACUUUUUUUUUAAAAAACCAUUGGCUCUGUGAAGAAUCUGAAUGCUGCUGAAAUGUGGAUAUGAGUGGGCUGUGUAUCUCCUGAACAGAUAAAUGCUAAUCCAAAAGAAAAAGAACAUUGUACUGAGAAUUUAACUCCUUGCCAUUUUUCUGUUGAAUUCAGAUACAGAAAGAAAAGCACAAGAAAUGCACUGUUUUGUAAUCUCUUUUCACAAAUGUAAUUUAGAAUAUGGAGCUACAACCGGUUGUUUCUCAUCUCCUAAAGCGGAGCAGUGCCUGGAAUCCCUUCUCUGUGGAAAACAAAAACCAAAAAAACAAGCAAAAAACAAAAAGCCCAAACAGCAGAAAGCUGGUAAAAGUCUUGUGCAUGUCUGAGCAUUGGCCAGAGGUGGUGCAGGUGUGCUCUGCCCUGGGGGUGGCACGAGGAGUGAAGGCAGGAGCUCUCUGGGGAAGGUGUUGGAGGGCAGGUGCUGGGUGGAGCUGUUCCUGACCCCUCUGCCAGGUCAGCCUCGUGUCAGCACACAGGGAACCACUGCCAGACACUCCUGGUCAGGGCACAGAUGUGCAGGAGCUGCAGAAUUGUGCUGCUGCAGCUUGGAGGGGGCAGUGCAGCUCUUUGGUGUCCUGCACUGCUCAGAGGUGGCUCCUGUGCUGUCCCCUGGUUCUGCCCCAGACAGUUAAUUUGCACUGAGUAAUGUGGCAGCAGAGGCAGGAAAUUCUUGUGAUCACUCAGUUGGCCAGGUUUGGGUUUCUUGUUCUAUAAAUGUCCAGAGGUAACAUGAGCAUUCCUCCUCCUCCUCCUGCACUGCUGGAGUUCCAUGCACGCAGCUGGAUGGAUUCCUGAGCUGUUGCAGGUGUUGAUGAUCCUGGUGGUACAAACCCAAUUCUUGAACUUCACAACUCAGUUAAAAGGAGGCUGAAGGAGCAGAUCCAGCUGUCCAAAACUUCUUCGUUUUUCCUCCAUUUCUUGAUGUUUUUUUCUUCAUAUACUUGGCCAGAGAUCUGCUUUUCUUCAUCACCUUCAAAAGUGACAGAAAAUGCUCCAAACUGCAAUGCACAUGAUUCUAUAUUUUAAGUGCUUAGAUCCUAUUUUUAGCAGUGUAUAUCCUGCUACUGACAUAAAGUCAGAACCAGUGGUUUUGAAGAGGAAUGCCUUAAAAACAGCCAAAAAAGCAUCAUACAAGCUCAAUUCCUUGCCACUCAUUACAAGAAUUAAAGCAUUUUAUUCACCCUAGCAAUUAAUUCCCUUCAUAAUCCUGACACCCAAAAGUGAUUUUCCCACCUUAGUAAUGACUAACAGAUGGCAGAGCUCUCAUGUCUAGGGAUGACACUUACUGUCACAUAAAGGGGACGUUGAAGUGUGGCUGGAGUCUUAUUUGGCUAUUACCAGAUUAGGGAUUUUUUACUCUUCCUCACUAUUUGCUGAACUGUGGGUGACAGCAGCCAGGUCCUGAUGCAUUAAUCCAGGACCAGAUAUUUUCAUUCAGUUUUCCAAUGGCUGGGUAGACUUUGGAGACAAAACUACAGGCCUUUAGUAGGAGCUGCAGAACAGAAAGGAAAGCUUUUUUCUCUGUUCCCACCCUCCCUUUCCAAAAAUUAACGUGUAACAGCUUACAGGGUUAGUUACUGUAACUGGGGGCUACUUCACCUGUGCAGGAGGUGUAAGGAAGCCACCUGUAUGGCAAAAUGACACCACAUUCUGUACCCUCUUCAGCAAGCUGAGUGCUUUAGGAACUGCACCUUGAAGUCUUUCACAGUAAAAUAUUUUUUAGUUGUGUUUCUGGAUGGUCCCAGUGCGAGAGAGCAGGGAAGGGGCUGUUCCUGGCCUUCCAGCAUCCCUUACUGGUCUGGCCUGUUCUCAGCAGCCCUGUCUGCUCUGAACAGCCCUGGCUGUGCUGGCUCAGAGCCUUUCAGGUGGUCCAGGGCUGGGGGGCUUUUCCUUGGUGUGUUUUUAUGGCUCAUGGGCACAGCUUUCCCCAGGUGUGGUGGUGUCAGGGUGAGGUCAUGGCUGCAGCCUGGCAGGAAGGAGGUGAGUGGGGCAAUUGGUUUGGGCUCCUUGGUAGCCCCGGGGCCUGUGGAGCUGUUCCCAAAGGCAGAUCUGCAGGCCUGGAGGGUGUGCACUGUGUGCUUUUCCUUGUUUGUGAACCAGGCACUGCACAAGUCCCUGAAGGAACUUCUUCUGGUGUGGAGAGGAGGGCAGGCAGUUCUUGCAUGGUUUUUCCUUUUCACCUCCCUGUUCCAUCACGCACCCCAACACCUGUGCUCCUGUCUCAGUACCAGCUGUGACCAUUUUAGUGUUGGAACACAAGUCACCCUUUUUCACCAACUGCUGUCAUGUCAGACUUUUAAACAAUUCAGUUUGAAAUUGGAACCCUGGCUGUUCACAGAAGUGGUGGGAGAUGUGCUCCCUGCAAACUGCUGUCCCUCCUGGGGGAAGGACAGCAAAGCUUCAGCAGCAGCAACUGAGCUUCUGCUGAACUCAAAGGGGCCUUUAAAAGCAAAACAAGACAGUGCCAAAUUUGCAGAGCAAAUUUAAAAGACUGUAAAUGUAGGAAAAGCUCUUGGUGUAGAUACUCACUGGAUGAUGGAUUCUGGUGUUGCUGCUCAUGAACAUGAGAAAACAGAUGCUCUUCCUUCCAGUUCUGGGUGUUGUGGAGCGCGGCUGGGGCCGGGGUGGGUUCUCCUGUCUCAGGCAGUGUCACUGCUCAGCUGUGACAGGGGCUGAGCUGUUGGUGGAGGCUGUACCAGGGCCCAGUUCUGUCUGCAUUCCUGUACCCGUAUAGUCUUAACCUGUACAAAGUGUUCUUGCAGCAUGUCUGGUACCCGGUCCCUCCCCAGCAGUGCCGCCCCUGUUUCAGCAGUGCAGUAACUCCUGUCCCCCCCUGAGCUUCACCAUGGCACCUUUCCCAAGGGCAGGGACAACAAUUACUUACUGUCCACUAGAGUCUGUCUACAGCAGAGACUGAAUUGGCCUUGUAAUGGCAAGAAGGACUCCAGAGCCAUCUUUUGCAAAAGGCAAACAGUGUUUGGAAGUCAAUACUGCAUUCCAGUGAGCCAAGCCAUUGGUGUCCUGUGCAAUCGUGGGUGUAGAAUUCUGCUGUCUCCAGGAUUCCAGUGUAACCAUUUGUUAACUGUACUGAAGGUGUGUCCUUUAUGGAGAAAGUGUUCCAAAUUAAAAAAAGCUGCUGAA